AAGUGAGGCUGCCUUCACUCGAGACCAUGUUAGUAGCGACGGACGCGUAGAGGGGAGUGAUCGAAUACGUUUUGUUCAAGGUUGCCAUGGACCCUCAGGCCCUGCUACAAGCCUUGGCUGCCCUCGAUGACACCUCGCUGAUCACAGUCAUCACCGAAACACUCCAAAGAAGACCCGAGCUAGCUCCUGGCGUUGUCAAUGGAGCAGUGCCGGAUCUGACCUACGCUCCAGCAGAUUCGCUGAUCAAGAGACGAGCGACGGGCAGGAUCAUGCAAGUCCCGGCCACUGGCCUGGGCUUCAUCGAUUGCCCCGAGCUGAAGGCAGUUUUUGGCAACGACGUGUACGUGCACAAGAACCAGGUCGGCACGUUCCCACCUGGGACGGAGGUGAACUUUGCCAUCCUGCUCAGCAAGGACAUGAAGCCGCAAGCUUUCGACCUUCAGCCCACAGG